UAGAGCCGGGCCUUAGAGCAUUUAUUGUCAAAAAAAAAUUUUUUUUCAGCCUUUCGGGUCAAUCUCCUUUCCUCGGAUUUUAAAAAUUAUUUCUCUAAUUAGAGCCUGGAUUUGUAUUUUUCAACGCAUUAUUUUAGAGGGCUUCUAUAAAAUGGACUUGUAAUAGAAGUUAACUUUUUUUCGAUCAGCCUACUUGUGGGAGGAGGAGGGGCUUGUAUUAAAUAUAGGCUUUAAUUGGAGCCGGGAUUUUGAGCAUUUAUUGUCAAAAAAAUUUUUUUUUAAUUUUUUUUCAGCCUUUCGGGUCAAUCUCCGUUCCUCGGUGAAACAUUAGCACAUACCUAUUGUAAUGUAGAAAAAGGACGAUGGAUGUUUUGUGAAGAAUUUAGAGAAAAUGGGAUAUCUGAUGAUGCAAAAGAUUUCAUUUCUCGUCUUUUAAUUGUUGAAAAAGAAAAAAGAAUUCUUCCAGAUGAAUGUCUCAGGCAUUGUUGGUUACUUAAAAACAGAGAAAGAGCAGCAUUAGCUGGAGCAGCUAGUCGUGCAAUAAGUCCAGCAUUAUUACCUUAUGAACAACAAAAACCUUUGGCAGUUGAAAAAUUGCGUAGCUAUGUGAAAAAUAAAAAAUUUAGGCGGCUAGUUUUUGGUGUACUAUUUGUUAAUUCGGUUAUGAGAAUGUUGAGGACUUUGCAGCAAAAUAAGAGUAGUCAUGGAAUUGAUUAUGUUAAGAAUAUGUUAGCAGUUGCUGAAUGUUGUCCAGAACGUCAAGAUGAAAGCAGUAUGUUAUUAAAAGCAUUUACUAAAAAGAGGGUAGAACCAACACCAGAAAAAACGCCUGAAAGACUAGCGGCAGCUGCAACUGAAAUAAAUGGACAACAACAAAAGGAGGAAAUUAAUAUUGUUAAAGAAAAGGAAGAAAAGCAACAGCAACAACCACAAACUCCUUCAACAACUCGUAGAAAAGUUAGAAAAGAAAAGGAACGUAAUGGAGAAGAUUUGGCAAAGAAAAGGAGUAAAUCAGAAGCAAGACGUGCUGUUGAUCAGCAAAGAACAAGAUCAAGUACUGAACAUACAUCAACUAAAAAACAACGACAGGAUAAUGAAGAGGAGGGGGAAGGAGGGAAUAUUAAGAAAAUAAGCAAAUCAUCAAUUUUCAAAUUUGGAUUAAAUGAAGAGAAAAAUCAGAAAUUAAAAACAGAAGAAAAACAAAAACAACCCAAAAAUAAAUCACCCCAACCAGCAACAAAAAAUUUUGGAAUUAAUGUAAUUAAGUUAGCUCAAAAUUUGGAAGAAGUUACCCCAAAACAACAAAUAAAUGCCCUUACAAAAAUUAAGCAACAACAAGAGGAGGAAAAUCAUCAACAGCAACAAGCUUCUCCUAAAAAUUCUUUUGUCAGUAAAAUGUUACAAAGAUUGGAACAACAAAAACAAGAAGAAGAAGGGAAAAAUAAAGAACAACAACAACCACUAACAUUUGCUGUAGCAGCUAUACCUUUAAAGAAGGAAGAUAAUUUAAUUGUUAAAUCACCCAAAGUUGAUAGAAAGAUUCCAAUUAAUUGGAGGGAAGAGGUUGCGAUGAGAGCGGAGGAGGUAGGAAAGUAUGUCGCGGAUGAUUUAAAUCCAUAUGAAAGAGAAAGAUCCCAUACAACAACAGAAAAACGGAAAAAACUUGUUAAAAGAAAAGUUAGUAAAGUAAAAACAACAGAAAAUGAAGAAGAAAAAAUAAAAUUUGAAGAAAAAAUGGAAAUUGAUCAUCAAAAUAAAAAAGAAAAUAAACAAAAUGGACAUUGUAAAAAUAAAAAAGAAGAAGAAAAAAUGGAAUUGGAUAAUAAUAAUGAAAAUUUAAUUAAGCCACAAACCCCUAGAACAAAGAAGAAAAUGAUUUUGGUUAGAAAAAGAAGAGAAUCUACUGUGGCACCGACUGAUGGAAUAGGUGUUGAGAAAGGGUUGAAUGGAUUAAAUCACCUACGGCAGCAACGAAUCUCCAAAAAAUUUGUAAAAUCAAGCAACUCAAUGGAUGAAAGUCCAGUUGUUGGACAUGAUGUUUUUGAUUUUAGAUUGUUACGUAUGAAAUUGCAAAAUCGGAUUAUGGGUAUGAAAGACGAAGAAGAAUUGGCAACAGAAGCAGAAAAUAAACGAAAAUUUGAAUUACAAAAACAGCAACGUGAAUUACAAACAAAUUUAAAUAUUAAAAUGGCAAUGCGCAAAUGGCUAGCUAUGGAUAAAGAAAGUAAACAACAGAAGUUUAGUUGUCGACGACCACCAACACCGAUAAACGGGCCAAUCCCUGAAUGGGCUAAAUAA